CCACCAGAGCGCUGGUUGGAGUCAGUAUGGAUGUGGAUUCAGAGAAUGUUCCCCACUGAUCUCUCAUUGCUCGAGAACCUCCCGCUCAUUCCGCACACAUGUGCUGGAAACCGAAGCAUUGUGAAGUUGAGUUCAUCAAGCGUGGUUAUCAGAAGACAUUACCAGGGUAUCUCUUUACCGCCACUUAUUGUGUCUUUGCUUGGAAAAGUUGGCUGCAUUGUUCUAGAAAGUCUUCCAUCGUACAUUCAUCACAGCACCCUAAAUAGAUACGUUGUCACACCUGAUUCCCAUGGCGUCCUAAAGAUCUUUUGCACGUUGGGUCAAGGCAGGUGCAUAUCAACAAUUACACAUUGUUCCCCCGAUGAGAAGCAAGCGCUACGAAGUUUCCUCUCUUCUGCGUCCUUAAGUGGUGAUCAAAGAAACCUCCUGUAUGACCUUCCUAUUUUUGAUGCAGCAGAUGGAUACUCCUUCAUUGCUGUCAGAAAUGGAUUUCAAUUUCAUGGAGUGUCACCCUAUGACUUCAAACUUCCUCAAUCCUUGCCAAUACCAAGAGCGUCCUUGGUCAUUGCCUUAAGAGAUAGCGAAUCUCAUACCCUAAUUCACAGACUUGGAAUCUCACCGAUGACAAAAACAACCUUUCUAAGGAACGUUGUCUUUAGUGGCAUACAGAGCAAUUUCUAUAAUCACCAACAGAUCUCUACGCUGAUGUGCUGGGUACUUAGCCAGUAUUCCCUUUUUUGCGGGGAAGACAGCUCAUUUCAUGCAUCUCUUCAACAACUGUCCUUUGUACUCACCAGGAGUAAUAAGUUAGUUACUCCAUGUUGCGUUCUAGAUCCACAACAACCCAUUUUGGAGCAACUGUUUGAGAGCGAAAACGACAAAUUUCCACAUGAAAGUUUCGUCAAAGAGGAAAUCCUUCCACUUCUUCAGAAGCUUGGAAUGAGGAGUACUCCAAAUAAAGAGGACAUUCUACAUGUUGCUAAAACAGUAGAUAAGGUUCAAAGCGAUGUGGGAUCCCGUAAAGCAUCAGUCCUGUUAGAGUUCCUUGACAAAAACCCACCUGACAAGUCUUUAGGCCAAACACUGAUGAAUGAGAGAUGGGUCCCAAGAAAGCAGAGUCGUCCUUCUUCUUAUCCUAGUGCGAUGCCUUGGUUUUCAGGAACAAAGCACUUAUACAAACCGUCUGAAACGUUCAGCCAGUCGAAAGCUACUCUUGUAGGAGCUUCAGCUCCAAUAGUCUCCAAACCUUGUUCCAAAGCAUUAGAGGCUGUUUUUGGUUGGGACAAAUCGCCACCUGUCCACCACCUUCUAAACCAGUUGCGUUCUGCUUGUUUGGUACAAUUGAAUGACGUGAACAGGAGUGCGCUGUAUCAUUUUCAAGCGAUGGUUAAACAGAUCUACGAAGAAGCAUCCAGCAAUGUUGGCUUCAUCUACGCUUUAAAUCAAGAUGACAGCUUUCCUGAGUGGAUUUGGCAUGGGAAUGGAUUUUCAUCACCGUCUAAGAUAGCAUGUACAUCUUUCUGCAGAAUCGAUUUGAGGCCUUACCUUUACAUAGUUCCACAAGAAUUUCAACCCCUCAACCCUUUCUUCCAGCGAUGCAGUGUUCGUAAAAAGUUUCAAGAUUCCGAUUUGUUGCGUGUUCUGACAAUGAUAAAAGACAAACAUGAUACUAGCAGUGACUAUCUAAAAGAUGUGGAGGAUGAUCGAAAGCUGUCACAUGAGAUUCUCCACUGGAUAGUUAGGGAUGGAAAGAAACUCAAUCCAGAACUUCGAGAAAGUCUUCUGGUGCCCAUUCACACCUGGGAUAAUACCUUAAAGUUGGUUCCGUGUUCGGAGUGUACCUUUUGUGACGCGGAGUGGCUUAGAAAAGGAGGGACAGAACUUCUCAUCACAAGCGAAUUUCCGAUGAUCCACGAGGCUAUAUCUUCCAAAACCGCUGCUCUGCUUGGUGUUCCACCAAUCAGCAACCGUGUCGCUUGUGCAGAGGCUUUAGGUAUCGAGCAAACAGGUCCUCACGAGCCAAUUACCACGAGGCUGAAGAAUAUUCUGAACGAGUACAAAGAAGGGGUUGGUGUUUUUAAAGAAUUAGUGCAGAAUGCAGAUGAUGCUGGUGCAACAGAAGUUCAGUUCGUUCUUGACUGGCGCAAUCAUCCAAACCAGAGGCUUUUGUCACCGGGAAUGGUAGAAUGCCAAGGUCCCGCCCUGUUGGCAUACAACAAUGCAACCUUUACAGAUGAUGAUCUGAAGAAUAUAUCUAGACUGGCAGGUGCCACGAAAAAGGAAGAUCUUGAAAAGAUUGGUCGCUUUGGUCUUGGUUUUAGUUCCGUUUACCACUUUACUGAUGUUCCAAGUUUCAUUACCAGAAGUUAUGCUGUCUUUUUUGAUCCAGAAACAACACAUCUUGGCUCCCACAUAAGCGAUGCAUCAAAGCCGGGAAUAAAGAUAGAUCUGGCGGUUAACAAGAACAGUUUAACCUGUUUUCCUGACCAGUUUGCACCCUUCAAUGGGCUUUUUGGCUGUGACACUACUCCACCCAGCGAUAAUGACAAGUUCUUCUUUCAAGGGACUCUCUUCAGAUUUGCAUUUCGAACUAAGCGUGGCCAAAUCAGUGAUAAGAUCUACGAUAAGAAGGAAAUACGGUCCCUCAUGUUUUCGUUCCGAGAAUCAUCACCGACCCUUCUUUUGUUUUCACAGAAUGUUAGAAAGGUGUCCUUCCUUGAAGUGGAUGAAAAUGUGACUGAUUCUAAAGACUCGCGACUCCUGUUUGAAAUCUGCAGAAAAAGUCAGACAGAAUGUAUGCUGGUUGAGAAUUCUGAAACGGAAGGUACCUUUCUUAAGUCAUGCGCAGCAUGGACAAGACAGUCCACUAGUCAGUCCAACCCUUUUGCCAGGUAUCCAUCUCCCAAACUGACUGAGCUCAUAUCCGUGAUUUCCACCAUCUCUCGUAAGAAUGAAGAAAGGUGUCAAGAAACCCAGUCUUGGCUUGUGACCUCUUGUCUUGGUACUGAAAAUUCCUUUCAGCUUGCAACAAGUGAGGAGGGCAAGAAGCAAGGACUCUUAUCUGCCUCAGGAGUGGCAGGAAAAAUUUGCACCCAAGGCGGUGGCUUCCAAAAAGUAGAGGCAAUACCUGGAGAAAUGUUUUGUUUCCUUCCCCUAAGUAUUCCAACAGGGCUUCCAGUACAUGCUAAUGGCUACUUUGCAGUCACAUCAAACCGCCGAGGAAUCUGGGAAGGUACUACAGCCGAUGUCGGCCGUCAACCUUUAGAAGUGCGCUGGAACCAAAGCCUCAUGGAGGAUGCGUUGACUCAGGCCUAUGUUCAGCUCUUGGAAAAUAUGAUUUUCAUGCAAAAACAAGGAAAAAUCUCAUUGUGCGAUGUUUUCAUGCUCUGGCCAAAUCCAGACAAACUUCAAUCAUCCGCAUGGGAACCACUCAUCACGAGCUUUUAUCGAAGAAUCGUAAGUUAUGACCUACCCUUAGUGCACACAGGAGGGAAAUGGCUCCCAGUGACUCAAUGCAUUUACCAAGACCUCAAGUUACAGGAGCUUCCGAAUAGUGAGAUGGUCCUUGAAACGUUUCAUUACAAAAUAGUGCAACUUCCACACUUUGCAAAGAAAGGAUUUCAACUAGCUGGGUGUAUUGAAGUUAUCGACCAACGUACAAUGACACAAGAAAAGUUUCUCCAAGACGUCUUUUUCCCGAAUAUCACCACAAUACCCGAAGAGCUUCGGGAUCCCAUUGUGUGCUACCUCAUAGAUGAAUGUCUUCGAGGGCAUGCUGGCAAUCGGUCCAAUCAGCUUCUCAAUCUAUACGAAUCUUUGCUUUCAACUAAUCGCUGUAUUCCUUGUGGGCCAGAUACGGGGCAUUUGGCAUUUCCCAAAGGUCUGAUAUCCCCAAAAGGUGCCGCUGCGACUCUGUUCUCAGCAGACGAUAAGAGAUUCCCAUUUGGGUCAUGUUAUCAAACUAAAGAACGUCUUCUCAUGCUUCAAAACCUGGGAAUGUUAUCAGAUAUUCUUGACUGGGAAACCCUGAUUGAGCGAGCAAACUCUGUGUCGGUGCUCUGUAGAAGAGCCGAACAAGAUGCUAGGACGAGAUCUACCCUUCUCAUCAAGUAUAUUAAUGUCCACCUUGAGAAAAUGGAUCCCCCUUCAGAAUUGAAUAUAGAGGAAUUGAUAGCAACCAGUAUGUUUCCUACUCUUGCUAAGCCAGCAAACUAUGCUAUGCCAUGGAGAGGUACUGGUGAUUGGAACAGUGUUAUCCUUCCGGCGAAAGAAAUGUACGACGAUAGGUACAAGUUUGUCGCAGGAUCCUCUCAGCCAAUCGUUGAUGAAAGUGAGAGUGGCUGCAGCAGGUUAAGCGAGAAAACACGGCAUCUUUUUGGUUUCAACUCCCGUAAACCAUCGGCCCAUGAGGUUCUUGGCCAGUUGGAGCAUGCAGUUCAAGCAAUAGUCCAGUCGCCCCAUGCGAUCGAAAGUUUGGAACACAUCUUCUAUUGCAUAUACGAAUAUUUACAAGAUCUUCUGGAACCAGAUGGCGAGCGAAUUAUACAUGCAUUGCAAGAAAAGAAAUGGAUACUGGUUCAAGGAAAGUGUCUUUCGGCCUCUCGGCUGGCUUUCACGUGGAAGCGAUUUGGUGAGCCUUACCUGAACGAAUUGCCACAGAACCUUGCGUCGAAGUAUCGUACCUUAUUUCAGGCGACAGGCGUCAAAGAGUGCUUUUCUACCGAAGACGUCAUUUCUGCGCUUUACGAGCUCGAUAAGGAGAAACAAGGAGAGCGUCUAUCUACGAAAGAGUUUGAAGUUUCAAAAUCUUUGAUCAAUAAGAUAUCGGAAGCCUCAGAGGAAUCCUUUAAAACGGAAAGAGGUAAGAUUCCUCUCCCAGACCAUAAUUUGAGUUUACAGCCCGCUGGGAAAUUAGCCAUUAAUGAUGCACCAUGGGUGGCUGCUAGAAGUGACAUCGACUAUGUUCACAAGGACUUGUCAAUUGACCUUGCACACAGGCUUGGGGCAAUUGAUAUUCGAACAAAGAAACUAUCCAGAAUAUCUCGUCCAAUCGGACAAGAAUUUGGACCGCGAGAAGAGCUUACUGAUCGCUUAAAAGGCAUUUUGAAGGCAUAUCCAUGCGAUGUUGGAGUCCUUAAGGAACUUGUUCAGAAUACUGAUGAUGCAGGGGCCACCGAGGUGCAUUUCAUUUUUGACCCUCGUUACCACAACACCGACCAACUUCUAAGUGACAACUGGAAGGAACUGCAAGGUCCUGCCCUGUGUGUUUACAACAACCGACCCUUUUCCAAAGAUGAUUUAGAGGGGAUACAAAGGCUGGGAAUUGGUAGCAAAGUAAACGAUCCUACUAAGACAGGACAGUAUGGUAUCGGCUUCAACGCCGUAUACCACUUAACGGACUGUCCAAGCUUCAUUUCGAAUGGAGACACGCUCUGCAUUCUCGACCCUCAUUAUCGUUACGCUCCUGGAGCAGACAAGGAGAAUCCUGGACGUCUCAUCGAACCAAUAGGUGAAGAGGAGCGAUCCGAUUUCAGGGAUAUAUUUCCUUGUUAUCUGGAAGACAUGUUUGAUUUAAAAUCUUCAACUAUGUUCCGCUUUCCUCUUAGACUCCAAAUUACGCGCACAGAGUCAUUAAUAUCUGAACAGCGGAUCUCCUGCACACAAAUGAACGGAUUUAUGAACCAUUUGGCCUCUGAAGCAAAAGAGAUUCUCCAUUUUUUGAACCAUGUGAAGAAAAUAUCACUGUCUGAAAUUAAAGACGAUAAGCUGAAAGAAAUACACUCAGUUUCUGUACUGCUAACAGACGAAGAUGAAGCGAAACGCCUGAAGCUUGCGAAUCAUAUCAAGAAUUGUAAGUUCCUAGAUACAAAUGAAAUUCAAUGGUCUGGAAUCACAUACCCUCUUUUUGUUCACGAGGGUAAAGAACGACAAGAAAAAUGGCUUGUCCAUCAGUGCAUUGGAAUCCAGAAACGUGAUGGUGACGAGAUUCCUAACGGUCGAGAUUAUGGUCUCCUACCUCGCGGAGGAAUAUCAGCCAAGGUGUCUGAAAAGUCAAAAUUCUAUUCCCACGGAGGACGUGGCACAACCUUCAAGGCUUUCUGCUUCUUGCCAUUGCCAGGACGCACAGGGCUCCCAGUUCAUGUAAAUGGGCAUUUCUUUUUGGAUUCCGCCCGUCGAAAUCUAUGGAGCGAUGAAAAGGGAGAAGGAUUCGGAAGCCAAUGGAAUCAUUUCAUAAUGAGCAAAGUGUUGGCCCAAGCGUAUAUCUCGUUGAUGUUGGAGGCACGAGAUCACCUUCCUGGCUCCAAAAAGGGGGAAACCACCAGCUUCUCUAAAGAAUUCAAGGUUCAUGAUGGAAUGCGAUGGUAUCAUAACCUUUUUCCCCAUUUUGAUACUGUCCAAAGCCAGUGGCAAGCUCUAGCAAAAGCUGUUUUCAACAAGAUUUGCGAAGAAGAUGCAGAGUUAUUGCCGCUGACGAAGAGACCUUUUGGUAAAAACUCGCCAACUCCCCAAAGUGCCAAAGCUUCACAAAGCAUUCAACCUCUUGAUGAUUCUCGGGCCGCCAAAGGUGAUGUUAUUGAUUGUAAAGAGCCCAUAAGAUGUUUUUGGUUGUCUCCUUCACAAGGGUACUUCAACACCUUGUCCUUUAGUACUGAAUCAGCCACAGAUCUUUCAAAAGUUCUCCUGAACAUUGGCUUCAAACUUGUUUACUCUUCCCACAAACUCUUCAACGAAUUCAAAACAGCAGGAGCAAAUGUGAGAGAGAUCACGCCUGCAGGAGUUAUUAAGUUUCUUGAAAGGAAUCCAAACUCCGCAGGUAUACUACCCUGCCCUGUAAGUGAGACGACAGUUGGUUCUGUGGCUAAUGUGCUCCUCCUCCUUGAGUAUUGCAUGAAGGCCCCUAACUUUUCAAAACAAAUAUUUGGAAUCCCGUUAUUGUUGACUGAAGACGAUUUUCUUAGGCGAUUUCAGAUGGAUAACCAAGUAUUUCUGAGCCGCUUUGCAGAUUUGGUACCAAAUCAACGCUCUAGAUUUAUCCACCACGUACUCGUCGAACCGUUACUUCAAUUCGAAAAACAAAUAUUUGAGGGGGAUCAAGGGGUUCUCAAAAAAUUCGACAUCUGUGCAUUAGCCUCGCUCCUUCCGAGUAUUGCAAAAGGCAGUUGGUGUGAAACCAAAAGUCUCAUUCCAUGGGAUUCGAAGGACGGGCCCACCGAACGAUGGUUAAAGCGUCUGUGGGAGUUUUUGUUCAAGGCACACGAAAAGAACCCGGAUACCUUUUCCCUAACUCCACUGCAUAAAUGGCCCAUUCUUCCAACAGAAUUGAAAGAAUUAGCCCCUCUUUCAAAAGGUAAAGUCAUUCUUGACUUGACAACAUCCGAUUCCUGGUCGUUUGGCCAAAAAACUGUCGUCGCUUUGUUGAGGAAGCUACGAUGCCCGGAGGUGGAUGUCGAGCUCAUCAGCAGUGGUAGAAGAUGGGAUCUAUCACCAGUACUUAAACAGCACCUUUCGUACCCCAACUCGUCGCAAGACAUUCUGAAGGUGCUAGACCACUUGAUGAGUGAAGACGAUAUUUCUGGUUAUCUUUCUAGUGAUGAAAUGAUUUUAUUGCUUCAGUUCUUUCAAGAUGAUACAAUCUCUCUGAAACAGGACCGAUUAUCGACUUCAAUUUUGAAGCGAUUGCCAUUUUUCAAGACUUUCAAGGGAACAUUUGUUUCUCUUGAAAAUGCUGAAUCAGUAUAUGUUAUCUCGGAGGGUUUACCAACUGACGAGUGCGAUGUUUGGAUGCAAGGAAACAAUUGCCUUUUCUUAGCACCUAACCCAAAGCUGGACCACUUGUACGAUGAAGUUCUAAAUGUUAGUUCCAGAACUCACGCAGAUUGCUACAUCAACUUCAUUUUCCCCAAAUUUCCAUCUCUUAAGGAGGAAACUCGUAUGCUUCAUCUUAACUACGUUAGACGAUUCUUGCUGGCUCCCUUUUUCAAUGAAGAUCAACACACUAGAGUCCUACAGUCACUUAAAACUUUGGAGUUUAUUCCCGACACCAAUGGGUCACUGCGAACUGCAUCUUAUUUUUAUGAUCCACGCGUGAAAGUUUUUGCAGUUAUGUUACCACGUGAUGCAAAGCCACCGGAACCUUUUAAUGAGAAAUCCGGUUGGCUAGAUCUCCUUUGUAAAGUUGGAUUAAAGAGAAAAGUUAGCAGAGAUCAGUUUCUAGAGUUUUCAAAGGAAGUUGCAAAACAUGCAGAGAACAUGAGCAAGAAAACUCGUAGUACUUUGGAGGAAAAGUCUCAAACUCUCGUUACCCAUCUUCUGAAUGAAAAAUCCUUUCAUGAAGCGGAAUUUUUACGACAACUCUCUAUGAUAAAGUUUGUAGCAUCGUCAAAGGCCAGUGAUAACCUUCUUUCUCUUUACAAGCAGUACCCAUGCGCUAAACAAGUGCAAGAUGGGACACUUCCAUUCAUUCAUUUCCACGGUUCAAUAUCAAAAAUGGAGGAGCGACUUGUCUGGACAACUGCGCCUCUUCUACCAGAUUGGGCUGUUCCAAAUGCUGAAGAGGCAAAGCUUGGAGCCCUUGGAGUUCUCCCACACCCAUCGCUGGAUCAAGUCAUCAAUCACGUCACCACACUCUCACAGAAUGUUCUGAAGGACAUUGAUAGAGAAAUACCGGAACAAAAGCGUCGCCUUCUGGGUGAUAUCAUGACUGAGGUGUAUACGUUCCUUCGACGUAUAAGCGGGUGCCAGGAAAGCGACUCUCUCAACUCCUGCUCUCUAAAGUGCCAUGAAAUUGGGAAGCGUUUGUCUGAUAAGUCAUGUGUUUUGGUUGAAGAUGGCCGCGUAUUUGUUCGUGGUGACCAACUUGCCUUCCACCUUGAUAAGCAGUUGGCACCGUAUCUAUAUAAAGUUCCGCUGGAAUAUGGAUAUUUUCAGCACUUGCUACUCCGACUUGGAGCCGUAGAGGAAGCCACACCGGAACAGUUCGCCAAAGUACUCAGUAACCUGAACGCCUCAUGUUCAGACGAGAAAAUGCAUCCCAAUGAAUCCAGUAUUGCAAAACACGCUGUUUACGGCCUGUUUACGACUCUAAAGGCCCUACAAGGCGACAACAAUGAAGGUGAGCCAGCUAAUAAUUCUCUCUCUAACAUCGAACGUCUGUACCUUCCAAGCCGCAAACAAAAGCUCGAAAGAUCUGUAGACUUGGUCCUGUUUGAUUCUCCUGGGUAUAUAUCCCGUAUACCAAUUGCCAUGUAUAAGCACCUAGAUCUAUUAAAAGAGUACAACCUGACGUUCGCUACUCCUCGGCAAAUUGUCGACCUUCUGCCAGCUCACUUGACGAUCCCAUCCAUAACAGCACUGGUGAGGGAAGAGCUGCACUUAGGCUGCAGAGAAAAGAAGUGCCGUGCUGAUGUGGAAAAGAAAUGUCACGAGACCAAUCGCCUCCGUCACAUACUGUUUUCCCCUAAGUUUGUGGAUGGUAUGAUACGGAUUUUAAAAUAUCAAUUUCAGAAAGCCAAAUUGAAUGACGAAGUCCGAGGAAAAGUACGCAGAUUUCAAAACGAACUCAAAAUAAGUUGCAUGGAAAUGCUGGCCACCGAGCUAGUCGAAAACAGAUCAAAUACACCGAUUUCAGGCAGCCAAAGAUCAAAGAAAAUAGAAUGUUUUGUGGAGAGGGAUGAAGGUGGCAUAAAGCAUAUAUUCAUCAAACAUGGUGUUGAUCCCAGAAACGUGCGCAGGGUUCUCUGCAAAGAGAUAAAUCAAUUGACAGGAUGCUACAUCGACAAAGAUAGCUGGUUGUAUUUGGCUGAUAUUUUAGAAUGUGAGUCACCUGAAUACAUUUCUUCCACAUUGGACAAGGCUGGAGUCUCCGAAGAUGUGGAUACUACUGAUACGCCAAACCGAGAGCCUGAUCUUGGAACAGAAGUGCCUGGAGAGUUUCAUCACCUUCUAGAACAGUACGGUGACUUCUAUUUUCGGAAAGGAGAAUUUGUUGCAUAUGAAAAAGAUGACUUCACAGAAGAGGAACCGAAGUACAUCUAUGCAAAAAUUGUGAACAAGGUUACAACUAAAACAAAACCUAAAAAGGACAGAACGAAAAGAAAGCAAAAGGAGGAGAGUAAGCUGCUCGACAGAUAUCUUAUUGACGUAGGCCAUGUAAAGAAAGAAGUCGAUGUACUGGAUCUGUACAAGAUAAGGAGACGACAAACAGUUAAGGAAAAAGAUGACGAAGCAGAAGAAGAAUGUUUUUCAGAAACAACGGAACUCGUACCUCACCAGGGAACUGAUCGACAGGAUACAGAACCAGAGGGGACGGGAUGCUCAACGACACCACAAAGUAAGGAGGACUGUGGUGAGCAACCUAAGCCUAGGACAUUGGACGCCGCCACAAGAGAAGUCCGAAAGAAACUUGCCGAAAUUUGGAAGCUUCCUGAAGAUAAAAGGAAGAAAGCAAUGAAGCGACUAUACCUUCGAUGGCAUCCGGAUAAGAAUAUGGACAUGCAAGACAUUGCAAAUGAAGUCAUGAAGUUUAUCCAAAAUGAGGUCGAAAGAUUAUCAAAAGGAAAGUCGUCAAGCCGCGAUGAAGGGUAUCCAAGACCAUCGCCACCAGAUUUUUCGGACUUUUUCAAGCGGUGGAAUGAAAGAGCUCGACGACAGCGCUCAAGCUACGACAACUACCGCCGCCACAACCCACGAUUUACAGGUUUCGCAUCACACUCGAGAAGGACCUACACGGCACCUAAUCCACGCGUAGCGAAGAUGUGGAUUCGUCAGAGCAAAGAAGACCUGCGGUCCGUAAAACUUCUCUUGACUGCCCGAAAUCCACUUUAUUACCUUGUCUGCUUCCAGUGUCAUCAAAUCGCGGAGAAAUCUCUCAAAGCAGCUCUUUACGCUCUAUCAGGAGUCGCGGACAGGCAACUGAAAUCUCACGACUUGGUGCUAUUGGCUAAUGAUCUUUCACUGCUUCCUGAAGCUCCAGAUGUGACACCGCAAGUAGCCAAGCUGUCUGACUAUUACGGGGGCACUCGAUAUCCUAACGGGCAUAUGCCUGCUAAAGUGCCUGCUGAGGUGUUUCAAGAUUCUCAGCAAGCACAGGAAGCGUUCAGACUGGCCACAGAAGUUUUGGAAUUACUAGAACAGUUUGUUGGACCAUAGUCACUGUCUUUGUGACUGCAUAACACUCUAGAUACUGUUGAAAUGUAACUGCUUUACUUUAGGCAUCGGGAUCUUAAAAAUAAUUGGAAACAUUUAAGGUAGCUAAAUGGAAGGACACUACUAGCGCAUCUUUAUCUCAGCAUGACGCUAAAUUUUGGCCAAAGUGGACUAAUGUUGCUUAACAUGAUUUAAAUAUUCAACUGAAGAGAAAUUGGCGAUUUGUAGAUAAAAUUAGUUAGUAGCAUCCUAGUUGUUUUGUAUUUCAAAUUUUUAACCAGUAAUAAUUUACUGUAGUGACAAGGCUCUCUUCAUAAAGGGUUUCAUAAGGUAACGAACAAUAAGUUUAUAUCAAUUUUUGACUGUUUUUUUACAAUUCACGCUGGUUAUCCGUGAUGCAUGAUGUUGCUUACAAAAAAGAAAAAAUCUUGCAUUGCUAAUUUGAGUUUGUGUCUCCGUAAAACGAACAAUAACAAAACUACCUCAUAAGAAGACCUAGACCUUUCUAAGAGUUCUUAAUAUUUUGUAGUUUGCUGAAGUGAUAGGAACACAUUCGUAUGUUUUUGCUAUAGCAGAUAACCAUAAAGAAUCGUUGCAUACAUUUUUUCUCGUCAAGGGAAAAUGUUUUCAAGUCUAUAUUUACUAGAAUUUGUUUUAAAUAUUAACAUUGAAUUAUCAAGAGACCAAAAGGUGAUUCUUUGUAGUUUAGAGUAAUAUGAAGAAAUUUGUAAUAUUCUAAUAACCCAUUAAAUGGAAGGAAAUAAUUCGAGAAAUAAGAUUGUUCGCUUGAAAAAUUACCGCAUAGUA